AUGUCGUCGUUAAUCCUACGUCGUUUCCAAAGCACAUUCUCAAGACAAUUGGCUAAGACAAUCCCAAUAACAUUACCAAAUGGCCUGAAAUAUAAUCAACCAACAGGUUUAUUCAUCAAUAACAAAUUUUAUGAAACUAAUGAAUCAAAGAUAAAAGUUAUAAACCCUUCAACUGAACAAGAUAUAGUUUCAGUAUCAUCUGCAAUUAAAACAGAUGUUGACUUUGCAGUGGACUCAGCUGAACUAGCUUUCCAACAUUGGUCCAAGACUGAUCCAUUAUAUCGUGCUAAAUUAUUAAACAACCUAGCAUUGAAAAUUGAAGAAAAUUUCGAAAUUAUGGCAUCUAUCGAAUCAAUGGAUAAUGGUAAAACUUUGGCAUUAGCCAAAGGUGAUGUCCAAUUAGUUAUUGAUUAUUUCCGCUCCACUGCAGGUUAUUGUGAUAAAUUAGAUGGUCGUUCAAUUUCUGAAAAUGGAUAUAUGAACUUCACAAUCAGGGAACCUUUAGGAGUUGUUGGACAAAUCAUCCCAUGGAAUUUCCCAUUAUUAAUGUUGAGUUGGAAAAUUGCACCAGCGUUAGCAACUGGUAAUACUGUUGUUUUGAAACCUGCUAGUGAUACUCCUUUAAAUGCAUUGUUUUUCGCAAAUUUGGUUAAAGAGGCAGGUAUACCUGAUGGUGUUGUGAAUAUCUUGCCAGGUAGUGGACGUACGUGUGGUGAAGCAAUUUUACAACAUCCAAAGAUUAGGAAAAUUGCAUUUACAGGUUCAACAAGCAUUGGAAGAGAUGUAAUGGUUGCAGCUGCAAAGAGUAAUUUGAAAAAAAUCACAUUGGAAUUGGGUGGGAAAUCUCCAAAUAUUGUAUUGGAGGAUUGUGACCAGGACAAGACAUUACAGAUUUUAGUUGAUGGUAUUUUCAAAAAUGCUGGACAAAUUUGUUCAAGUGGUUCAAGAAUUUAUAUCCAGGAUAGUAUUUAUGAUGAAAUGUUGAUAAAAUUUAAAAAUUAUAUUGAAAAUGAAAUUAAAGUUGGGGAUCCAUUCAAUUCUGAAAAUUAUCAAGGUGCUAUAACUAAUAAAUCACAAUUCAAUACAAUUUUGUCAUAUAUUGAUAUUGGUUUAAAAUCUGGUCAUGCUAAAUUAUUAACAGGUGGUGAAAGAAUUGGUGAUGUUGGAUAUUUCAUCAAACCAACAGUUUUCUAUGAUGUUGAACAAGAUUCUCAAAUUAAUAAAGAGGAAAUAUUUGGACCAGUGGUGACAAUUUCAAAAUUUUCUUCAAUUGAUCAAGUUGUCACCAUGGCUAAUGAUUCAGAAUUUGGAUUAGGUGCAGGUAUCCAAACUACAAAUUUAUCAAAAGCUUUACAAAUUGCUCAAUUGAUCAAGAGUGGAACCGUUUGGAUAAACACUUAUAAUGAUUUCAGUCCAAAUGUUCCAUUUGGUGGUGUUAAACAAAGUGGAUUUGGUAGAGAAAUGGGUCAAGAAGCACUAGAUAAUUAUACACAAGUGAAAGCUGUUCGUAUAAAAUUAUGA